UCUUAGCUUCUGAUUGGCUGCUCGCUUUGGAGGCUGUGAUUGGCUGGGGCUCCUCCCGGCUUCACUGGGAUUGGCUGCCCUCAUACGGUGCAGGGAAGAUGGCGGCCUCGCUGGUCCCUGCGUGCGGGAGGUCGGUGCGGUUACUGCUAUCCAGCCGGGCGCUGCUAGGAUGCCGAGAGCUGAGCACCGGGCUGGGGGAGAGUGUGACCGGAGCCGUGCUACAGGACAAGCUGCGGAGCCGCCAGAAAGAGGCCCCUGAAGACCCCCAGAGUAAUCCUGAAUCAGAAGAACAGCAGAAGAAGCAGAAGGAGAACAAAGCCAGAGCCAAAAAGUUUCUCCUGCGGGCGACCGGGGUCCUGGGCUUGGUGGGGAGCGGCUUUAUGGUCUAUACAUUCGGGAGCAGCUCGCUGGACGAGGAGGGGAACAAGGUAAAAAGCCCCGAGGGGUCUGAACCCGCUCUCUAUAUGUGCAGAAUACUCAGUGAUCUGGACCAACUGCUAUAUAUGUUUGUUGACGAUGAUAGUGGUCACAUGUUGGUUGAGUCUCAUCAUCAUGUUGCUGCAUAA